ACCUGUGCAACGUCAUAACAAAACCUAAUUUCAUCGUCCUUGCGCAGUCACUCUAGCAGUCUCGCGCGGUCUCGCCUCAAGCUCCAUGUCUGGGUUUUAACGAGGAGUUUGCAAGGAAGAAUUAGACCGCAGUGAGAUGCAGAGAUCCGUCAUUCCGCUACUCCGACGAUCCAGAUGGUUCUCAUCCUCCGCAACCGGUGGCGUGGUCGGGAGCACUAGCUCGGAGAAGAUUGUCGCCUCCGUCCUCUUUGAACGCCUUCCGGUUGUCAUUCCCAAAAUCGAACCCAUUGUCUACGCCUUCCAGGAAUUCUCGUUCCGAUGGACGCAGCAAUAUCGUCGGAAAUACCCAGACGAGUUCUUGUCGAGGGGGGAGACAAGGGGCAAAGGUGAUUAUAAGAUUGACUAUGUACCUGCACCAAGGAUCACAGAAGCUGACAAGAAUAAUGACAAGAGGUCACUGCAAAGAGCACUUGACAGAAGACUUUAUCUUCUCUUAUAUGGUAGCCCAUACGGAGCCCCUGAUGAGACACCUGUUUGGCAUUUUCCAGAGAAAGUUUAUGAAAACGAAGAAACUCUGCGUUUGUGUGCAGAAGCAGCAUUAAAAUCUGUACUUGGAGGGCUUAGUCAUACAUAUUUUGUGGGCAAUGCUCCCAUGGCACAUAUGGCUGUGGAACUAAAAGAUGACGAACCCAAAAUUCCAUCCUUCAAGAGGUUCUUUUUUAAAUCUCAAGUCAUCGGCACAAGUAAACUUCAUAUUGGGAACUGCAAAGAUUUCGUCUGGGUGACUAAGGAUGAAUUAAUCGAGCACUUUCCCGAGCAUUACUCCUUUUUUAACAAGAUGAUUAUCAGCUGAACCUGUCUUCAUAUAUGGAUAUUAGACAUGCAAUUGACUUCAUAGUUCCUCAUAUUUCAUAUGACCUAUUGUCGUCAUUGGUUUACUAUUAGACGAUAAAUGGAAGUUGAAGUUAUAUAUAAGCUGAGGAUCCUCUUAAUGAAACCAAACUGAUGCAUUUUUGGGCUUUAGAUGUAUGCAUACUAUUUUUCAUUUUUAUGAAGGUUGCUCUACUUUAUUGGGGCUGACUGAUUAUUAUCGCCUUGUAUUGCAGUUGUACACAAGUUAGAACAAUAAAACCGCUGUGUUUGUUUUA